AAGUUUAGCUGGUAUUAGAUUUUAUUAUUAUAAUCAACAUGCUUAAUAAGAAAUUAUAUAUAUUGAAAAAAAACCAACUUUUGUCCCUUCACCAAGGAAUAACCAAGUUUCCCCACUUUGUGCCUGUGCGACACCCGAAAUGAAGUUGGCUUAUUCGAUCCUGCAAGGAUCCUCAGGACCCCUCUGAACCGGCCACUUCUGAUCUCAGAGGCCUGAUGAAUUCUUCAUUGCCCCUUUCCAGUCCCCUCCAGAACCUCGCCUCCGAACCAGAGAGCGCCACCAUUCAGGAACUGAGGAAGGAACGCCAGCUGUUAAUUGCAGAGCUGAAAGAUCGCGAUAAGGAGCUGAAUGACAUGGUUGCCGUGCAUCAGAGGCAAUUUUUGGCUUGGGGGGACGAUCGCCAGAAAAUACUGACCCUGGAAGAACGAAACAGCAGGUUGGAAAAUGAGCUGCACAAGAGAAAUGAAAUUAUAACCGCCCUGACCAGAAGAUUAAAGGUCCUGGAAUCCCAGCAGAAUGACCACAUAUGGACGCUUGAAAGCACUCAGCAGAAGCUCCAGGAGUUGUCUCAAAAAGCAUCCAGUUCAUCCUUUCAAUGCCAGACCCUCGAGGAGAAGAACCAAAUCCUCGCCAGCUCCGCGAUGGACCUGUCCAACAGAGUCACCCAGCUUGAAGCCGGGGAGCAAGAGCUGCUGACAAAGUUAAGGCUUAAGGAUAAUGAAAUACUUGAAGCAGCCAAACGUAUUGCUGAGGUUACCAGUAAAUUUAAAAAGCUAGAAAGUGCCUUGCAUGCAGCCAAGCUAGAAGAAUCGAGUAUCAACAAGGAGAAGCAGAAUUUUAAACUCAGGCUAAAGGAAGUUAUGUUGGAAGCAAACCAACUAAAAGGGGAUCUCAAUGAAAAAACAAAAGAAAACAGUGCACAGAGGGAAGUAAUUAUGCAGCUCAAGCAAGAAAGUACUUCUUUACGUAAUCAAUUAAUGUUUACUGCCCAGAUGGCGAACACGAAAGACCAGCUGCUUCUCUCCACUAAAUCCAAACAGCUUCGGACUGACACGGAACUGAACAACCUGCGACAGAUCUGUAUGAAACAGCAACAGGAUCUGCAGUUUCUGCAUUUCAGCUUGGAAAGUUCCCAAGAAAAUAUACAGAAGCACAAGACAGAGUUGCAGGAUGGAAGCCAAGGAAUGGUUUUGUCAGAUCUCGAGAGCAGCAGCGACCGAGACUCGUUCUGCGGCGAAGUCAGUCCGAAGAUACACCGCCAGGCCAUCCGCCUCCCCGACCGCGUCCAGAGCAGGCAGCGGGAGAGGCGGCUGCCCACCGUGCCGCACGUUCUGGAAGGGCCGUUGCACCACCCCAGAUGUCUCCGUAGGGAAGUGCUGAACCUGAGCAGCCCCGGGAGCGCCGGGGAGGCAGAGAACCGGCUGGCCGCGUGGCCGGAGAGUCCCCGGAAGUCUGAAUCCAGGGAAUCGGCUUCAGCCCUGGAGUUGGGCGUCCUUGCGCCGUUGCCGAGACACGAACGUUGGCUUGACCUGAAGUCCUGUGCAGCGCCCUCAGACGGCCCCGCGCUGGGGCUCUUUGACAAAUCCGGUGGGGAUCGUGCGGGCGCAUCUGUAGACUCUGCUAGAAUUGCACUUGGGCAAAGCCCCUCCGUGCCCGCCAGUCCGGGGAACGCGGGUGAAUUAGGCCGUGGUGGCGCCUGCAGCCCCGUCAGUCAAGCCACCCUGUACCGGGCCCUGAGAAACCGGGAGCGGGUGAGGAUAUUCAAGCCCACGGAGAAAGGUGGCGGCGGCUCGUGGGGCAGAGAGGUAUCCCAAAGCCCUCUGGACGCUCCUGAGCUGAAAAGCGACCACGGAGCGAGCCUGCACGCUUUUGACUUGGAUGUGCCGCGUUUCACAUCGACCCAAAAGUCAAAGGAGACGCUGCCAGGCCCAGACGGUCCUUCAGAGCUUCCGGCACCCAGCGGGUGUUGCUACCCUUCCCUCCGUCAGGACGCCUGCUCGCCCACCAGCAAGCUGCAGCGGGUGUUGGCCGCAUCCCGGCAGAUGGUCACGGACCACGAGCUCUGCGCUUGCUUCAGCCCCACCAACAGCCUCCGUACAGCGGAGGUGGGUCCCGAAUCCUUUUGCGAAGGGAAGGCGCCUGCUGAGGAGGAAACCGAAAUGAAACUUUCUCUUUUUCCUUGAACAUCUCAACAAGGAAGACUCUCCUCUCGAUGGCGGCACGUCACCCGCGGCCGUCACCCGCAGCUCAGUCCUCUGAAAAACCCUCGAGAGAGCCCUGACGAAAUGCUGGCGGUCAUUCCCUGAAAAAUACACACAUUUUUUAAAAAAUCAGAAUUAUGCUGAAACGAAUAAACACGAUUUCUAGACGAGCUCAGCCUCGAUU